AUGCCGAAUGAUGAGCCAGAGAUGGAGAGGAUGGACAUGUGCCAUUCGAUGAUGACAAGAGCUAUUGGCAAUAGACUUUUCCUCGCGCCCCUCGAGAGAAGCAAGAUCCAUGCUGUUCUCGAUGUCGGGACCGGCACAGGAAUAUGGGCCAUUGAAAUGGGUGAUCUGUUCGAAAACGCAGAGAUAAUUGGAGUUGAUCUGAGCGCCAUUCAACCAACAUGGCAAGUCUACAAAAAGGUUCCCGAGAAUGUCAAGUUUCAAGUUGACGACGUCGAAAGUCCCUGGGUCGAAGUAAAGAAGUAUGACUUCAUCUUCACAAGGUUUUUAGCAGCAUCUAUCCGUGACUGGCCCAAAUUGAUAGAGAACGUGUACAAUCAUCUGAACCCAGGAGGCUGGGCUGAAUUUCACGAAAUGAACGCCGAGAUCUAUUCCGACGACGGUUCGUACACGGAAAAUCACGUAACCUGGGACUGGAAUCAGACCUUUUUGGAAACCAUGGAGAACCUGGGCAUUGAUCCUUGCCCGGGUCCUAAGCUCGAAGGCUGGGUCCGGGAACAAAGGUUCGAGAACGUCUUCCAUCAGAAAAUCAAAAAUCCACUAGGCCCGUGGCCAAAAGAUCCAUGGUACAAAGACCUUGGGCUCAUCAACCUAGCACAAAUGCUAGAUGGCUUGGAAGGCUUCACCUUACGGGUGUUCUGUGGUGCUCUGAAGCGGACCAAGGAGCAGGUUCUGGUAGAAGUUGCGAAUGUGCGGAAUGAAAUGAAGACUGGCGCUUAUCAUGGCCUGUAUGAUAUGUAG